AUGUCAUUCCCAUCGAAUGCGAUUUAUCCCAAAUCUUUCCGCGAACGUGUGCAUUCGGCGUUGGUUCACGGCUUUGAAACACACCUUUGUGCGGGCUAUGUUACUUUAGGCAACCAAGGCACCCCCUUUCCAAUUGCACUACGCGGAAUUCGGCAGGCUACAGAUUCAUCGAGUAAAGAAUUGGUAUCAAUCAAGACAAUUUUCCAACGAUAUCCGUUGAAUAUUCCAAACGUGCCAUGUCCACAACGGGCUCCGUCAGCUUACACCCCCGCACCACGCCGCAAAACUAUGGCACCACGGACUCGUGAAGAGCUCCUCGCCUAUGGCAUAGUCGAUCCGUCAAUCGAGGCCAUGCUGACAACGUGUCUCCUUCUCCAGGAACUCGCUGCCCGGCCUCUCCGGGACCCGCAGCGCGGAGAUCCUUACUUUGGACGAAAUGACUUCUUCGCGAUGCGAGAACAUCGGGCGACGCGCUUGCGUGAGUCCCAUCACCAGCGCUACCUCCCCGGCCCCAUUCCGGAGCAGGUCCGCGAGGAUGACCGCAAAGUCACCAUGAGAGAUGGCCAUGAAAUCGCCAUUCGGGUAUAUGCCCCCGUAAAGGCCCCUUCUGGAGGCAGUCCACUCAUUGUGAUGUAUCACGAGGGAGGGUGGUGCAUGGGUGAUCUCUCUGACGAAGAGGUGAACUGCCGCCUGUUCAGUAGAGAUCUCGGCGCAGUUUGCAUCAAUGUUGAGUAUCGGCUCGCUCCCGAGUUCCCCUUUCCAACCGGUAUCAAUGACAGCUGGGACGCGUUGCAAUGGGCCGCUGAGAACGUAGCCGAACUAGGCGCAGACCCUUCCCAAGGUUUCAUCAUCGGUGGCGGCUCCGCGGGCGGUAACAUCACGGCUGUCCUCGCCCACCUCGCCCGCGACAAUAAUCUCUCCCCGCCGCUCACGGGACAAUACCUCUGCGUCCCAGCUAUCAUAUGUCUCGCUCCUCCCGAAUCCAUACCAGAAAAGUAUCGCCCCGAGUAUCUCAGCCACCCCUCCGUUACGCCGUGCAAAGACCCCCCCGACGUGGAGAGUCCUCUCUUCAUUCCCUUCCACUAUGACGAAGGACUGAUCUAUGAGCGGGUUUUGAGAGAGGAAGCUGGGGUUAAGACGAAGCUUGAUAUCUACGCUGGGCUGCCUCACUACUUUUGGACCAAUUGGCCACUCUUGGAGAAGAGCAGGACCUUCGUGGAAGAUACACUCAAGGGUAUUCAAUGGCUGUUGGAACAGAAUAAGUAG